AUGGAAGACUUUUGUGGUUCUGAAUUUCGGGUAAUUCUUUUAUUUAAAAUUUAUUAUUUACAUUUUUACAUAUCUGCAUUACUCGGCGAUAUGAGGAAACACAAGGGUUCCGUAAACAUUGAUGGUUCGGUGUCUUAUGUCGCACAAAUCGCAUGGAUUCAAAAUGCCAGCUUGAGGGACAACAUCUUGUUCAAGGACGGCUUCAAAGAGGACAAGUAUAAAAGCGUGAUCGACGCAUGUGCUCUCGGUCCUGACCUGGAACUCUUGGAUAAUGGUGACCUAACCGAGAUAGGAGAGAAAGGAAUAAAUAUCUCUGGCGGCCAGAAGCAAAGGGUCUCCCUUGCUAGAGCUGCCUACAAAGAGAGCGACAUUAUCCUUCUAGAUGACCCGCUAAGCGCCGUUGAUGCGCACGUAGGGAAGCACAUAUUCGAUAAACUUAUCGGACCCCAAGGUCUACUUCACUAUAGGACUAGAGUCCUUGUGACCCACGGCGUCUCAUUUCUUCCAAAAGUUGAUAACAUUAUAGUCCUUAAAGACGGGAGAGUUAGCGAGACGGGGACUUUCAAAGAACUAAUACGAAAUCGAGGCAGUUUUGCCGAAUUUUUAGCUCAACAUUUGAACAGGAGAGGGGAGGAGGUCGACGAAAAAUUUGUCGAGGAACUUGAAGAAAUAGUCGGGGUGGAGGCCUUGAGAAGGAAUUCUUCCAAAUCAAACAAGAAAUUGCUGAAACUUAUUCAAGUCGAGAAAGCACAAUCUGGAAAUAUUCAAGCCAAGGUAUUGGUCGACUACAUAAAGAAUGCUGGGCUUCUCAUGUCAUUAUCAGCAUUUGGAUUUAUCCUCCUCUCAACCGCCGCGGCCACUUAUGGCAACAUCUGGCUUUCUGCAUGGUCCAAACAGGCCACGAUUGAUGAGCAGGAAAGGAAUGGAAUUCAGAACAGGGAUACGACCAAUAAAUACUUAAGCGGUUACGGUGGACUUGGAGGUAUUCAAAGUGUGGCAAUCUUGAUUGGUGCCGCAAGUAUUGCGAUUGCAACGUUGAAUGCAUCAGAGAGAUUUCAUUCCAACAUGUUGUACAAGAUUAUCGGAGCCCCGAUGUGGUUUUUCGACACCACGCCUCUAGGCCGUUUGAUGAAUAAAUUUACGAAGGAUGUCGACACCGCAGAUAUUACUUUACCACAAAAUAUUCGAAGUGGAUUGAACAUAUUCUUGAAUACAUUAAGUGCGAUUUUCAACAUUGCUUAUUCCACGCCAUUGUUCUUGAUUUUUAUUGCUCCUGUGACGGUCUUUUACCUGUUCCUACAGAGAUUUUACGUUGCCACUUCCAAUGAAAGCCAUCGUUGCCAAUUGAAACGUCUCGAGUCCGUCUCAAGGUCUCCGAUCUACUCAAAAUUUGGCGAGGUAAUAACUGGAUCUACCACUAUCCGCGCAUUUGGUCUUCAAGACGAAUUCAUUUCUGAAAGCCAUCAAAAAAUUAACGAUAAUCAGAAGGCAUAUUAUCCAUUUAUAUCUUCAAGUUUAUGGAUCACUACCCGCUUGGAGACAAUUGGAAGCUUUAUCAUAUUUGCAUCAGCAGUAUUUGCGGUGGCCUCAAACGUCGACCCUGCAAUUGCGGGUUUGUGUAUUUCUUCUGCCCUCCAGAUAACUGUACUUUUAAACUUCUUGGUGCGACAAGCCUCCGAUCUAGAAUCCAACAUAGUCUCUGUCGAGAGAAUGAGUGAGGUCAAUGAAACACCACAAGAAGCCGCUUGGCAGACUACUUUGCGACCUACGAAAGAAUGGCCGACACAGGGCAGGGUUGAGUUCGUGAAUUACGAGACUAGAUAUCGCGAAGGACUUGACUUGGUGCUGAGAGGGAUUUCGUGUACUUUUAAUCCCGGUGAACAAAUUGGAAUCGUGGGGCGAACUGGCGCGGGGAAAUCAUCUUUAACACUGGCACUAUUCAGAUUAAUUGAGCCUACCUCCGGCAAGAUAAUAAUUGAUGGUCAAGACAUCACGGAGAUUGGAUUGCACGACUUAAGGUCAAAAAUCACAAUCAUUCCGCAGGAUCCAGUACUUUUCUCAGGUAUAUUAAGAACAAACCUAGACCCUUUUGAUGCCCAUACUGACCAACAAAUCUGGGACUCUUUGGAAUCUGCCCAUUUAAAAUCUUAUGUAAUGAGCUUGCCACAAGGCCUGCAGUAUGAGGUGGCUGAGGAGGGGCAAAACUUCAGCGUAGGCCAGAAGCAACUCAUUUGCCUGGCUCGAGCAUUGCUAAGGAAAACGAAAAUACUUGUGCUAGACGAGGCCACUGCGGCUGUCGACUUCAUUGUCGAAACGGACGACCUCAUUCAGAAAACAAUUCGGCAAGAAUUUGCGGAUUCGACAGUGAUAACGAUUGCGCAUCGGUUAAAUACAAUUAUGGAUUCGACAAGAAUCGUGGUACUCGACAAAGGUCAAAUUGUUGAGUUUGAUUCACCAGAAAAUCUAAUGGCGCAUACGACGUCGAUGUUUUACAGUAUGGCGAAGGACGCUGGAUUAACGUGA